AUGACUUUGGAUUACGAGGUGGAGUCUAAGGCAAAUAGGCGUCAGCUCGAGGAUGCGCAACGAGAUGCCGAGAAGUACAAUGGUGACGCGAGCGUGGCGACGAAGCCCUUUGCUGACCUGGAGUCCGAGAUAAAGCUAUUCCGCGAUCAACUCGAUAGGGUGCGGAAAGACAACGAGGAUUUGACUGCCUCCAACACUCGUCGCUUCCACAGGCUAGAAGACUGUUUUGCCAAGUUAAGGGCAUUUGGAAAGGAAGACGCGAAUGUACAGCAUGCCGUUCAUAAGGCGAGAUGUGAGAUGACAACCAAGUUCCAGGAGACACUUACUUGUAUUGAGAGGCAGUUCGAUGUCGUUGAACAAGCUAGAGAGAGGAGUUUUGACCUUGCUCAGGCCGAGGGCAACCUACAGCUCGUUCAACAGGUUCGGAGCGAGACUCCUUCAGAUCUUGAGACCGAGGAGGAGGAUCUUAUCGCAGCGGUGGCUGAGUCAGAAAAAGCCCAUCAGAUGCUUACAGAUGAGGUGACAAACCUUAGGAGGAUUCUUCGCGCCCUCCCGGUUGGGCUGGAUGAUGGUGAGCGUAUCGACUUGGCUGCAGCGUCGCUAGGUGUGCGCAACUUCUCAGGGUCCAACAGCGAGAAUCCGGGUUUAUCCGGUCUUAGUGCUAAGAGGGCUGCAUCGGGUCCAACUACUACAGAGUCGUUGGCUCCUGCGCAUGGUGCACUCGCUUUUGCCCUUGUUGAGCCUACUAUCGUGUCUGUGGAGCGGAUUACCGCUACGGUUAUCCCUGCCCCAAUAAGUGCACCUGAGGGUGGCGAGUCUGUUCCUUCCGCCAGCGUGGAUGCCGAGGUGUCUGAGCAGGUGCCCGUGGAGACGGCUACGGACGAGGCUGCAGAGCAAGUGCUCGUGGAGGUUACGACGAAUGAGGCUGCAGUGCUGGACGGGAUGGAGGUAGUGGCGACCGCUUAG